AUGAGCAAGACGCCAUCUUUAAACCGACUGAUACCGAUGAGCAGCAAGAAGUUAAAAAUACCGGCGAAGUUCAUAUUUAAAAUUGCCUUAGGAAUAUUCGCCAUUGGACAAGUUGGCUGGAUCUUCCUCGAUUUUUAUCACCUUACGCACGACAAUUCGUCUGCGCAAUCAAAGAUUAGCAUAAGAAAUGCAAACCAUUCGGAUGUCUUCAGCUUGGACAGAUUUGGUAGACCGAUUUCAAGAGAAGAGGUGCAAAUUUCAAGUGGGAAUUACAUAAGUGGCAAAAAAUAUUUUAUGACGAUUGGCAUAUCAACAAUUGAGCGCAAAAAGGACGGUAAACGAUAUAGCUAUCUAUCUAGGACGCUGAACAGUUUGAUUUCGAAAAUGCCAACAGCAGCAAAAAUGGAAGUGGUCAUUGUGAUAUUGUGUGCAAACAGAGAUUCGGACGCUAACCAAAGAACCUACAAAGAACUUCAAAAUACUUUCCACGAGCUCAUUGUCAAAGGAUUUCUACAAGUCAUAGUCGCACCCGAGCGGUUCUAUCGCAGUUUGGAAAACCUGCCAAAAACAUUUAAUGAUUCUUCAUUGCGAAUGAAAUGGCGGAGCAAGCAGUCGCUUGAUUACGCUUUCUUGUUGUAUUACUGCCAUGGCCUAGGCGAAUAUCAUCUCCAAAUCGAGGACGAUGUUGACAUCGAGGCGGGGUACUACGAGAAGCUCAAAAGCGACAUUGUUACAACCAAAGUACCAUGGGCAAUAUAUCAGUAUUAUAAAAUGGGAUUCAUCGGAAAGCUCUUCAAGUCUCAAUACUUGCAGUUAAUUGCAAACAUUUUUAGGAUAUAUUACUUCGAAAUGCCUUUGGACCUUUUAUACAUUCAGCCAUUCAUCCUUUCUAAUCUUAAAAACAGGCAAAAAAUUGCAAGUAAAUUUUUGUUCCAUCAUAUUGGGAAACAGUCUUCAUCCCAAAAUUCCGACAUCUAUUAAAGUACAGAAAAGUAUUGCCAAAUUUACUGAUAUUUACACUUAGGCCCCUAAAAUGCUUUCAAAGUCGACUGACACACUUUUCAGCAUCUUAACUCGUGUACUAGGUUUAUAGACUUUGCUUUUUUGUAAUUUAAUUUGCAUAAAAGGCGUUCUCGUUUUGUAAACUAUAGUCUUUUUCGCUUA